AUGGCAGCCACCUUCUCCAGCCGCGUCUCCAUGUCCUCCGGAUCCUCCAUGGCAGGAGGUGCCUCUGCAGUUUCCAUGGCCUCCGGAGGUGGUGCUCGCAUGAGUGUGAUGCGGGCCGGCAGUGUCUACGGUGGUGCCGGAGGAGCUGGAGUUCGCAUCUCCAGUGCUGGUGCCGGGCUUGGGCUCGGUCUUGGUGGAGGUGCCGGUUUCGGGCUUGCUGCUGGCGGUGGUGCUGGUUUCGGCAUGGCUGCUGGUGGCGGUGGUGGUUUUGCCCUGGCUGCCGGUGGAGGAGCUGCAUUCGCAGCUGCCGCUGGUGCCGGCAAGUUCACCAUGCAGAACCUCAACGACCGUCUGGCCAGCUACCUGGCCAAGGUCCGUUCUCUGGAGAAGGCCAACGCCGAGCUGGAGCUGAAGAUCAGGCAGUUCCUUGAGGCCAGGACUGGUCCUGCUGCACAUGACUUUGGUGCAUUCUUUGUCACCAUCAGCGAACUCCAGGCUAAGAUCAUGGCCGUCAUCUCUAUCAGGGGAGGAACUUUGUUGGGCAUUGACAACGCCAAGCUGGCUGCCGAUGACUACAAAGUCAAAUUUGAAGCAGAGCAGUCCAUUCGUUUGUCUGUGGAGGCCGACAUUGCUGGACUGAAAAGGGUUCUGGAUGACCUGACUCUCACAAAGUCUGACCUGACCAUGCAGUUUACAUCCAUCCAGGAGGAAAUUGUCUUCCUGAAGAAGAAUCACCAGGAGGAUCUUCUGGCUGUUCGUGCUCUUGUCGGGUCUAAAGUAGACGUGGAGGUUGACGCUGCUCCUCAGGAGGACCUCAGCCUUGUCCUUGCCGGAGUCCGUGAGCACUACGAAACAGUGGCCGCAAAGAACAAACGUGAACUUGAAGCCUGGUUCCAGGCCAAGACGGAAGCUCUCAGCAAAGAAGUCCUCAGCAGCACAACCGUACUCCAGACAUCCUCAUCAGAACUUGCAACCUACAGAAGCACAGCACAGGCCCUUCAGAUCGAGCUCCAAGGCGUCAUCAGCAUGAAAGCAUCAUUGGAAGUAUCCCUGGUGGAAACAAAGACCCGCUUUGCUGCCAUGCUCGCUGGCUUCCAGGGUCAGGUGACCAGCUUGGAAGAGCAGCUUGCCGCUCUCCGCAUCAACCUUGAGCACCAGGGUCAGGAAUACGCCCUGCUUCUGGACAUUAAGACCAGACUGGAGCUGGAGAUUGCAGAGUACACCAGACUGCUCAACGGAGAUAUGAGCGCUUACAUCUCGUCCUCAUCCCGGAUGUCCACUUCCUCAGCGUCCUUGUCAGCCUCGUUGUCAGCAUCAGCAGCCACAGUGGUGGCUGCACCAGUGACCACCACAAGAACCAGAGUGGUGACCGUGACAGAGGAGCUGGUUGAUGGCAAGGUAGUGUCCUCCUCCUCCGCUUCUUCUAUUGUCGGAAUGUAAAAAGUUCUGCAAUAAGGCGAAGGCCCCUGGUGGAUGAUUUCACCAUCCCUAGUAACCAUUCCUGAGGAA